CUGAAAGUAGGUUAGCAGGGUAGAGUGAGAGGAGAGGGAGAACGACGACGUUUCGUACCGCGCCAUAACACACGACGGAAGCGACUUUCAUUUUUGUGUAUCCGAAGCUCAGCAGAAGACCUUUAGAGACGCGAAUUUACUUUGAGGAUCUUUAUUCUAUUUUAUUUUCCUAAUAAUGCUCACAGUCGGAGCUGAAAAGUUUCAUUCGGGUAGCUGUCUUAUGUUAGCUACUUAGUCCGAACAAUAUUGCUCCGCACCCAGUGAACUUUGGAGAAUCAAGAAACAGCGAUCAAAAUGAGAGAGCGUGAGAGAUCUCUCUAUCUGACUGUGAUCUUCUUCAUUGCUCAAAUUGAGGUUAUACCAUGCAAGAUCUGUGGCGACAAAUCCUCUGGGAUUCACUAUGGCGUUAUUACAUGUGAAGGGUGCAAGGGCUUCUUCCGACGCAGUCAACAGAACAAUGCCAUGUACUCAUGUUCGCGGCAGAGGAACUGCCUGAUCGACCGAACCAACAGGAACCGCUGCCAACAUUGUCGCCUGCAGAAGUGCCUGGCGCUCGGCAUGAGCCGUGAUGCGGUGAAGUUUGGCCGAAUGUCAAAGAAACAGCGGGACAGCCUGUACGCGGAGGUGCAGCGGCACCAGCAGCUGUCUCAGGAGUGCCUGGCGGGUUUGGGUGGUGGUCUGGCACCACGUGACCGUGAAGCGGGUGAAGACAGCGCGCACAGCCGGCCGUACAGCAGCGGAGGCUCCAGCUCCACCCUCAGCGACCUGGAAGACAUCGCCACGCUACCCGACGGUUUGCUGUUUGACCUGCCGCUCACCCCAGAGGAGGCGAGCGAGUACUGCACUCUGGAGAUGCUCGGGGGCGGCGGAGGGUCCGGGAGUGUUGGAAGCGGAAGUUCAUCCAAUCAGAGCUCUCCGGAGCCCAGCGCUGUAGAUUUGAUGGAAGCAGUGAGGGUGAAGCACGAGUAUAUGCUGCCUGAAGACAGUCUACACUCUCUCCUGGGAUCUCUACCAGAUAACUGCUCUCUACACGACAUAGAGCGAAUCACUCAAAAUGUUGUGAAGUCUCACCUGGAGACGUGUCAGUACAGCUCAGAAGAGCUGAAGAAACUUACCUGGAACGUCUACACACCUGAAGAAACCCGCAGCUUUCAGCUCAAGUCUGCAGAAUGGAUGUGGCAGCAGUGCGCCCUGCACAUUACAAACGCCAUCCAGUACGUUGUGGAGUUCGCCAAGCGCAUCUCUGGAUUCAUGGAGCUCUGCCAGAACGACCAGAUCAUCCUGCUCAAAGCAGGAUGUCUGGAAGUCUUGCUGAUCCGAAUGUGCCGUGCUUACAACUCUUCAAACAAUACUAUGUUUUUUGACGGCAAGUUUGCCAGUCCUCAGCUCUUCAAAGCUCUCGGGUGUGAUGACCUGGUGAACGCAGUCUUUGAAUUGGCUAAAAGUCUGAGUCGACUUCAACUGAAUGAUGAGGAAAUGGCUUUAUUCAGUGCCGCGGUCCUGCUGGCUCCAGAUCGGCCGUGGUUGACCGAGUCUCAGCAGGUGCAGAAGCUCCAGGAGAAAGUUUACGUGGCUCUUCAGCACAGCCUGCACAUGAACGGAGCAAAUACUGAGAAACUGGAUAAGAUGGUGUCCAAACUACCACAGAUGAAGUCCAUCUGUAACCUGCAUGUUGACAAGCUGGAGUUCUUCCGCCUGGUUCACCCGGAAACAGCCUACAGCUUCCCACCUCUUUACAGGGAAGUGUUCGGCAGCGAGAUCAACUUCCCUGACUCCACCAACAGUUAGAGAGCUGGGGGAAAGAGGGAGAUAGUGAGGGAGAGAAUGAAAUCACGAGUGAGUGUUAAAGCAAGAGAGGCCAUUAUGUGUAAAAACAGCAUUUCAAAUGAACACAAUUUAAAAACCUCCAGGGAGAAUCCUCAGUCUAUUGCAGCACUGUUAGCAUACACACACACACACACACACACACACACACACACAAAACACUACAAACAUACACACUUAACCUGCUGCAAACAUGUUCAUACACACAAACACAGGGGCCAACAAACUAUUUCCGAUUCGACAACACACAAAACAUACUCGUAUAGGGAUUAUUCCUGGAGUUGUGCUCUCAAAUCUGUUUUUAUUUUAUGGAAAAACUCCGAAAUUAUCUUUUAUGUACAGAUGUAUGCUUGCAAAGGCCCUUUGUCCCAACUUGUAGAUGUCUAAGCAUGCCACUGUUCCUUCUGCAUCUGUACACAGAGAUAUUUAAAGGAGUUUUAUAAGGUUUUAUCAUUUUAAUAAUUUUACAGGAUCAAACUCUCUUCCACAUGAACAUUCAGGAGAGCACAACACUUUUUAAUGAAGCGAAUACAACAUACUAUAUGACGUCACCCGUCCUUCGCCGCUGAAUCACUCUUUAAACACUACUAUCGCGUUUUUCCUCUCUCUCCCCUCGUUUUUUCACCCUCGGACGAAUCAUGAAUGUAUCCCAAAAGCACUUAUUUUGAUUUGAGACCGAAUGUACACAAUGCACUUUUGGUCUUGCGUUAUGCUUUAUGAGACUUUAUGACAAUCCACUCAAAAAAAAAAACAAA